AUGUCUUACUCAAUUCAAACAGUUCAAACUACUGCAUUCCAAGAUCAAAAACCAGGUACUUCUGGAUUAAGAAAGAAAGUCACUGUUUUUCAACAACCUCAUUACACUGAAAAUUUCAUUCAAGCAAUUUUAGAUGCUAUUCCAGAAGGUGCCCAAGAUGCCACCUUAGUAGUUGGUGGAGAUGGUAGAUAUUACAAUGAUAAAGUAAUUGAUUUAAUUGUUAAAAUUGCUGCUGCCAAUGGUGUUAAGAAGUUGAUUUUAGGUAAAGAUGGUAUCUUAUCAACUCCUGCUACUUCUCAUGUUAUCAGAAUUAGAAAAGCCACUGGUGGUAUUAUUUUGACUGCUUCUCAUAACCCAGGUGGUCCAAAGAAUGAUUUAGGUAUUAAAUAUAAUUUAGGUAACGGUGGUCCAGCACCUGAAUCAGUUACUGAUAAGAUUUAUGAAAUUUCCAAGAAAUUGACUAGUUAUAAAUUAAUUGAUUUACCUGCUGUUGAUUUAUCUACUAUUGCUACUACUCAAUUAGGUCCAGUUGAAGUUGAAGUUAUUGAUUCAACUAAAGAUUAUGUUGAAAUGUUGAAAUCUAUUUUUGAUUUCCCAUUAAUUAAAUCAUUUUUGGAAAAAGCCACCAAGGAACAAAAUUUCAAAGUUUUAUUUGAUGCUUUAAAUGGUGUUACUGGUCCAUAUGGUUAUGAAAUCUUUAUUAAUGAAUUAGGAUUAUCUUUAGAAUCAAUUCAAAAUUAUAUACCAUUACCUGAUUUUGGUGGAUUACAUCCAGAUCCAAAUUUAACCUAUGCUGAAACUUUAGUUUCUCGUGUUGAUAAAGAAGGUAUUGCUUUCGGUGCUGCUUCUGAUGGUGAUGGUGAUAGAAAUAUGAUUUAUGGUGCUGGUACAUUUGUUUCCCCAGGUGAUUCAGUUGCCAUUAUUGCUGAAUAUGCUGAUUCUAUUCCAUAUUUCAAAAAACAAGGGACUUAUGGAUUAGCUAGAUCUAUGCCAACUUCAGGUGCUAUUGAUUUAGUUGCUAAAGAUAAAGGAUUAAAUGUAUAUGAAGUUCCAACUGGUUGGAAAUUUUUCUGUUCAUUAUUUGAUGCUAAAAAGUUGAGUAUUUGUGGUGAAGAAUCAUUUGGUACUGGAUCUAAUCAUAUUAGAGAAAAGGAUGGAUUAUGGGCAGUAGUUGCUUGGUUAAAUGUUUUAGCUGAUUAUAACUUAAAAAAUCCAAAUUCAAAAACUUCAAUUGCAAUUGUUCAAAAUUCAUUUUGGGAAAAAUAUGGUAGAACAUUCUUUACUAGAUAUGAUUAUGAAAAUGUUUCAAGUGAAGGUGCUAAUAAAUUAAUUCAAGUUUUACAAUCAAUUGUUGAUUCUAAGAAACCAGGUGAUGAAUUAAAACCAGGAUUUGUUAUUAAAGAAGCUGAUAACUUUUCUUAUACUGAUUUAGAUGGAUCUGUUUCCAAGAAUCAAGGAUUAUUUAUUAAAUUUGAAAAUGGAUUAAGAUUUAUUGUUAGAUUAUCAGGUACUGGAUCUUCUGGAGCAACUGUUCGAUUAUAUUUAGAAAAACAUUGUUCUGAUGAAUCUAAAUAUCAAUUGAAGGUUGAUGAAUAUUUAUCUCAAGAAAUUGAAUUUGUAUUGGAAUUAUUAAAAUUUAAAGAAUUCUUGGGUAAAGAAGAACCUGAUGUUCGUACUUAG